GAAAAUAGGCCAAUAGCAUCGCGUUUCAUUUUCGUCAACCCAACUAACUUGAUUACACGCAAACUAUCGUGAGUCCAGGGACGCUUGGCGCCAGAUACUUCGUUCUGGAUGGUGUGCUACCUCGGAUAGAUCAAGAAGUGACUUGCAUCCAUCUCCAAGGUACCUCUAAUAGCAUUCCCUUUGUUAGACCAGCACCUCCAAGUCUUGCAGGAUGACUAGGUCCAAGGUCAGUAGGGUCAUUCCCGUGACCUACCCUCCCGGAUCCAAGGAGUUGACCCCUGACCUAUCCAAGGAUGAGAUGGUUAGACGACUCAAAAUGUUGGCCAGGGUGUUCCAAGACAUGGAACAGGAAGAGGACACCACCCCGUAUGAGCCCCUAGCCCUCCACCUCUUGGAACCCUUUCUCUUCAAGCAUUCUAGCAAGGAUGUACGGCUUCUUGUGGGUUGUUGUCUUGCGGAUGUCUUCAGGAUAUUUGCUCCUGAGGCACCUUACAGGACCGGCGAGCAGCUCAAGUUGAUAUUCCAAUUCCUGAACAAGCAGCUUUGGGGUCUAGAGAAUGUUGAUGGCCCCUCCUGGAAGAGAUACUUCUACCUCCUGGAGAACCUAGCUAUGGUGAAGUCAUUCAAUAUCUGCAUGGAGCUGGAAGAUUCUGCAGAGAUCUUCGUCGAGCUCUUCACCAUCUUCUUCAGUAUCAUCAAUGAGAAGCAUACCCCAAAGGUCCGCACCUUCAUGUUGGAUGUGAUGUGUCCUCUGAUCAGUGAGAAUGAUGUGGUUCCUCAGGAACUCCUGGAGGUGAUCUUGUCCAAUCUCCUAGAUUCCAAGCAGCUACUGCAUCCUCAAGCUCAUGAGUUGGCCAAGGAUUUAGUCAAGAGAACCUCUACCAGCAUUGAACCUUCUAUCCAAGCGUUCUUCAAUAAUGUGAUGAUCCUUGGUAGGAGCUCAACCAGUGACCUUGCGAGUCAUUCCUAUGAGCUAGUCUAUCAGCUUCAUACCAUCUCAAGUAACCUUCUCUUGGCAGUCCUACCACAGCUGGAAUUCAAACUUAAGAGCAAUGAUGAGCGAGAGAGACUGGCAGUAACCAAGCUUCUUGGACGAAUGUUUUCAGACAGAGAUUCAGAUUUAGCAACUCAGAAUAAACCACUCUGGAGCUGUUUCUUAGGAAGGUUCAGUGACAUCAGUGUGCCAAUACGGAUGGAAUGUGUCAAGUUUGUUCCCCAGUUUGUGGUCCAUCACCCCUACCUGGUCACUGAUCUGGCAGAUCGUCUACGGGAGAGAGCCCAUGACACAGAUGAGGGGGUGAGGCAAGAAGUUGUAACAGCCAUUGUUGCUGCAGCUAAAAGAGAUAUCAACAACUUGAAGGAUGAUCUUCUGACCUUGGUCAAAGAAAGAACAUUGGAUAAAAAGUGGCGUAUUCGGAAGGAAGCUGUCCUCGGCCUCGGUCAUAUCUUCAAGAAGUGGUACCACUCUACUGAUACUUCAGCUGCUGAGAAACAACAGUUACUAUGGAUAAGAGACAAAGUGCUUCAUAUGUAUUAUCAACCUAAUAUUGAAGACAGGUUACUAGUUGAAAGGAUCUUCACCAUGACCCUUGUACCUUACACCAUGGAAGUCAAAGAUAGAAUGAAGCGUCUCUAUAGACUAUUUGCUUCUGUUGAUGAGAAUUCUUGCAAGACGAUCAUUGAGAUGAUGAAAUGUCAACACUAUGUCCGUCAGCAUGUAAGGGAUCUCAUGGAAACCUUCAACAUUGAAGAUGAAGAGGAGAGGAAGAAGGCUACUGUGCCCAAAAUUGCUGCAAUUGCAAAAAUGCUGCCAGAGCCAGGCAAAGCACAGGAGCAUGUCAGGCGAAUGGUAGAUGAGUUUGCAGUAGACAAGAGAACAAGGUCUUAUAUGCUGCAGGUCAUAAGUCCCAAAGCUCUCUGCAAGAAGGCCAUUCAAGGAGUGGGAGAAGUAAUGAAGAAAUUUGGCAACCCCAAGAACCCAUCCCCUCUGUAUGAGACUAUGAAGACCUUGAUGGAACGCAUCGCCCCUCUGCUCAUCGACUCUGCUGCCAUUGAGGAGGUGGUGAAGCUGGUCGCAGCCCAGGCUAACGGGACGGCAGAUGAGGUUGAAGGGGUACCGGAGAGGGUUGUGGAGGAGAGGGGACUCAAACUUAUCCAGAUCCUGGCGCUUGUGUAUCCCCGGGGUUUCAGUACCAAGGAGUGUUAUGAGAAGCUAAUCCACAUGCUCCAGAUGGGAGAGGAUAAUGUAUCAGAUGUGGCCCUGCAGGUACUGACCCAGACAGGCCAUGACAUGCAGGCAGACUUCCCCGAUAUCGCAGGAGGUUUGGUAAAAAUUCUUGUCCUCCUAGCCAAGAAUGGCACACCGGUACAAGCCAAGAGGGCUAUCAAAUGUCUGGAUGUGGCUGUCUCCAACAAGAAAGCCAUCUUUGUUGAUCUAUUUCAGAGUGUGUGCAAGAAUAUCAGUUUGGACCAUGAGAGCCACCUGACUGCCCUGAUGACUGUUGGUCAAUUGGCCAGACUGGCACCAGACCUGUUCAGCCAACCCAUGAAGGUUCUAGUUGCCAACACAGUGGUCAAGGGAUUCCUCAUGCAAGACCAGACGGAGGCCACGCCCACCAAGGGGAUCUGGUGCCAUGACAACAUGGUUACGGAGGAAACGCAGGCAAAGAUUCGAUGUAUCAAACUUCUAGUACAUUGGUUGGAGGGUCUGAAAAGCAAUCAGAAUGGUUCAGCAACAUCCACCAUUAGACUACUCACAACUAUGAUCAAGAACGAAGGAGAUCUUAUGGAGAGAAAGAAAACAAGUAAAUCCAGUAUGUCACGCUUACGCCUUGCAGCAGGAUGUGCUAUUCUCAAGUUAGCUCGUAUCACCUCCUACGUAGAACUCAUCACCCUAGAACAGUUCCAAACAUUAGCUCUUCUUAUCAACGAUGAAUGUUACCAAGUGAGGGAGCAGUUUGCCAUGAAGCUAAACAGAGGUCUGAUCAACCUAAGACUACCUCUCAUGUACCUAAGCAUCUUCUCUCUAUGUGCCAAAGACCCAGUCCAAGAAAGUAAGACCAGGGCUUCCCAGUAUAUCAUCAGGAACAUUGCCACACGUAGAGAGUACCUCAAGAGCCAUACCCUCACUGCCACUCAAAUAAUAUCUGUGUUACCCGAGUAUGUGAUUCCAUACACCAUUCAUCUACUGACACAUGACCCUGACUUCAUGACCCUCAAAGACUCUGAAGCUCUCUCAGACAUCAAAGAAUGUAUGUGGUUCAUGUUAGAACCCUUGAUAGAUAAGGCAGAGAACUGCAGCUUCAUGCGUAAACUCUUGGAAACCAUCAAACAAAUGAAAGAUGCGCAGUGUAUUGACGACAGGAGCAGAAACAGGAAAAUGUAUGCCCUAUGUGACCUGACCUUGGGUUUACUGCAGAACAAGGCUCCAUUCCUGAUCAUCAAAGAUCAUCCAGGUGAUAUCCUUCUUCCUAGGAAACUCUUCCACAAACCCAGGAAACUGCUCCAUAACAAGGAUAACUUCCUGCCAAAACGCUUCCAGGAGCAGUUUAGUCAGGAUGACAAGAAGGAUGAAGAUCAAGCUGCUGAAUCUCCCCAAACAAAGAAAGGUAGAGGCAGGAAAGGAGCUGUCAAGAAAGAAGCAGUAGUGGAUGAAAGUGGUGAUGCCAGCAUCGUUGUCAAUGGCAACGGAGAUGAGAACAGUAGCCCUGUGGGGAAGGGUAAGAGGAAACGAGCAGUGAAAGUAGAACCAUCCACGCAACAAAAGGAAGAAGUCUCACCAAAAAAGAAAUCAAAGAGAACAAGCAAAGUAUCAGAUGACAAAAAGGAACAUCCACUCACAGAAAAGAUCAAUGAAGGCAAUAAGCCGACCUCUGGUAGGUCAUCAAGGUCAAAGGCUAACCAGGUCAAACCCGCAUCACAGGUCAAGCGAGGUCGACCGGCCAAGUCUUCCAGCCAGUCAUCGACAUCGUCUAAUUCCCAGUCAACACCCAAAAGCUCACCUGAGAAGGCACCGCAGAAGCGCACAGCAACAAAGAGAGGAGCCGCGGCAUUAGCGAGAAGUAGCAGUGAGGAUUCACAGAGUCCAGCCCUCAAGAAGUCUAAGAGGGUCAUCACAAUGAGUCCAAAGGCAAAAGCUGCUGCAGAGGAUGCAUCAGAAAGGGCAGUACGGGCCAAACAAGCUGUGAAAAAGUUAUCAAAAUCCCUGGACAGUGAACAGAAAAGACCCCGUGGUAGGAGCAAGCCCUCACCACCAACCCCCUUGAAGUCCCCCAAACCAAAACCCACCGCCAAGACUUCCUCAGGUAAAGCAAAGACAAAUUCAACAGCACCCAAAUCAGCCACGCCCAAGCCGGACACACCCAAGUCAGUUACGGCGAAAUCGAACACUACAAGUGCCACCAGGGGACGACCAUCGAAGCAAGUGGCAUCCCCAACAAAAUCCCCUGCCCCGUCCCCUAUGAAGUCAAAGACAAAUGUCAGCCUGUCAAAGGCCAAGCAACAGAGUAAACCGGCAGGAAAACAGACUAACGUUAGAAGAGCACCAGCAGCUGUCUCAAAAACUAAAUCACCCAAGAAGCUUGCUACACCUUCUGCCAAAUCUACUCCCCGUCUUUCAUCUUCAGUCAAAGGUAGAGGGCGCCCUCCCAUGGUAUCGCCAGCAAGGUCAUCCUCUUCCUCAUCAUCAUCUUCGGCCAAGUCGAUAUCGCCCGUUAAAAAGAAUUUUGUGGCGAAUAAGGUGGUCAAUUCCAAGAAGUCUACCCCAAAGUUGACAUCCCCAAUCAGGAAGUUUGCCUCAAAGGGAGGUUCAAAAGCAAAGUCUUCUGCAAUUACCAAGGGAAACACUGCAACCCCAACUAAAGCAAGUGUCACAAGAAAGAUAGCAGCUUCACCGUCGCCCAGUAAGCUUGUCAAUGGUAAAUCAUCACCUAUGAAAUCACCAGGGAAGAAGUUAAUACAAACAACACUCAAGGCCACUAUGAAGAAGAAUGUGAGGCACACUUCUCCGAAGAAGGCUAGUCCUGUGAAGGCUGCUCCUAAGAAAUCACCAGUCAAGGCAAAGCUGAAUAUAAGUCGUAAGAGUGGGAGAAGACGGUAACACAACCUCAUUGUUCUGCAACAGAAAUUUUUAACUCAAAUGUGUAAAUAGAAUACAUUCUAUCUUCUGUGUUUUAUCUAUCUAUUAAGGUUACACAAACAUGAAGAAUCUUUCCAGUUUACUUGUAAAAAAAAAAAAAUUGUUCGAAAGAAAAAUGUGUUGAAAAUCAUUUAUGUAGUUAGGCCAAAUUGUAAAUUAUUGAUAACACUUGUAAAAAUAUCAACGUGUUCUGACUUAUGAGUCAUGGUUUAAAUCUUUAUCCGGAUGAUCCCUUUUUCCAUUUUAUUGUAGGGAAAAUGUUGGGCUGGAUUAUGAAGCACAAUGAAAUUUGCCAUUUAUUUAUAUAAUGAAUAAUUCUAAUUAAUUUCAAGGCUUAUGGAAAAAGAAGAAAUUUUUCAACAUUCUUGUUUGGAUUUUUGUGGAGUAUCAAGAGAAAUUUCAUUAGGGUCUUUCAUUUAGCAUGUUUCAUUAUGUAUAGUAAACAGAUUGAAAGGAAAGGAAAUGGUCCACUUAUGGCUUGCAUGCGAUCUGUUAUGUUAGUUGUGUUGAACCAUAAUAAUUAUACCCCAGAACAAGUUUACUGACAUUAACAUAUUCGAUAAAUCAUUCACCGAGUUCGUGUACCAACAUCUUCAUAACAUUUUAUAUUCUUGCUUGCUGAUUGUAUACCAUUUCAUAAUUUCAGUCAUUGUCAAGAUUUUUAAACUUAUUUUUUUUUAAUUUAUAGCAUUUAAUGUUCCUUUUCUGAAAUAAUGCUUGGUAAUGAGAAUACUUUUUUCCAAUCUUUUGUAUUAAACUGAAGAAGUUAUUGAUUUACUUAAUGAGUAGCCAUUGGUUAUACAUCUGAUUAGUAUUUUAGCAAUAAGGCAAGUUUUCAGAAAUUGUCAUUAUUUGUUGUAAAGUGUCAUAGCCCUAUCUUGCUAUUUAUGUUCUGGGCUUAUCUUAUUCUCCCUCUUGCUUCACACCUAUUUUCAUUGAAUCAGUGAUUACCAUAAUUUUGAAAAAUAGUUGUUUGAUGUUUUUUGUUCAAGAAUAUGCGAGAACAAUCCAGUAUUAUGACUUUUUUUGUAAAGUUUGCAUUAUGAACUAACAUCAUUGAAGUAACUAUAAAUACAGGUUAUUUUUAUGUUUGUUUUGUUUUUCCAAUAUCAUUGUGUACUUCUUAUGUAAAUCUUGAGUCAUUGGUGAAAGCAAGUCUCUUGUCCACCUGUAAAAUGUGUUUUUAACCCAGAAUAGGAUAUUGAUCUUGAUAUGUAAAAAAAAUGUAAGAGGACAAGUUUGGUGCUUUUGAAUUUGUAUACUUGUACAUAAUUAUAGUCCUCAUACAAAACUUUGUUGAUGCCCAGUUUAUUAUGAGUAAGAUAAGUGAUCUAAUUCAAUUGCAUAAAUAAUAAAUCAGACAUAUUUCUUAAAAGAUAUUGAAUAUAAAUCAUUGAAGUCAUCAUAACGAUUACCUUCCAUGCUAUGCAUAAAGAUAUAUUUUAUUUAUGCCAAACUUUAUACCCAUCCCACACAUUAUCAUGCACAUCCCAGCACGUAUGAAAUUUGAACACAAAGAUAGGCAUUUAGGGAACAAGGGAUUAGAGGAAGGGGAGAAAUUUUAAAGAAAAAUUUUGGGAAGUCCAGGAUUUAUCCCUAGUAUUGCUAGUUGUAAGCCCUGUAUUAUAAAACUCAUCAACAAUAGGCUUCAAGGUAAUGUUACAAGCUACUAUAAAAGUGUCAUUCGAUUGGUGGAUAAUAAAUUUGUUAAAGAAUUCUAGCACUUGUCCUUGAAAAACCUUUCAUAAAGCAGGUCCCAGAACCAGCAAUACGAGGGACUUAAAUGAGAAACAUACAAUUAAGUGUCUUUCCAUCAUGUGAUAGAAAAUCUCUUUUAAGCUCUCAUUUGAUAAUUUAGUCAUAUUCUCAGUCUCACACAUUUACUUUUUAAAUAUAAUCGAAACUUUCCAGCACAAACUUUUCAUAUUACAGGGAUUAGAAGUCUGUCAAUGACAUCAUACUGGUUAUGUUUUGCCAUAAUUAGCAAGAAAAUCAAUUCUGUUAAGUAAAAUAUGUAUAUAUUCUUCAUUCUGGCCACUGUUCAUGAUAAAACGACAGGCGAGUUUGAAAGAUGCAUCAUGCCUCACUUCAGAAUUAUCUGCUGCCUUUUUUAAAACCUUAUUUGUAAUGGGGGGACCUUUCAAAGUGCCCGGUCUUCAAAAAUUGGGUCAUACCCUGUAUUAAAGGUUUGCUUCAGAAUCACUUAAGAUAGGAUGGUCUCCAUAUUACCUAACAAAAUUUCAUGAAUGGCCAAAAUAUCAAGUUUGUAAUAUUUCUACUUAUCUUUGCAACCUUUGUAAAUAAAAUUGUGGUCAAGACAGUUUUGGGGUGGUGAUAUUUCAUCCUGUUCCAUUUUUUCCAUCAUGUGUUUGUGUUUAAUCAAUGUAGUAGUUCUUUCUUUGGUUGUAUAAUAUUCCCAGUUUGUCACCAGAAAAGUCCUGCUAAGUUGUGUAAUUGAUUAAAACAACUACUUUUAAUUACA